GCGGCAGUCUGUUGGUACGGGAGCUAUGGCGGCCGAUGCUACAGAAGAGACGCGCUGCUCUCGCCCUGGUUCACUGUGACGCUGACUGUUCCACGCAAAGGCGCUUUUGAUUGUUGAAAGACAUUUCUCUGGAAGCCUUGGAGGGACAGUUCCAAAUGAAGGAGGGUGUCUAAAAACAUGAGUCUUCGAGCAACAGAGGUCCCGGGACAGGAGUGUUUCCCCUCCUCCCCGCCGCUGCCUGCGGAUCAUGUGCUCAGCUCUGGUGCAGUGCUGUUCCCCGGUGCCUUUGAUCAACAUGGCUGUCCUUUGGUCAUCUUCCCGGCCGAUAAACAGGACAAGUUGGUCUCCGAAAUAAGCAAAGCAGAAGUGGUGGACUUCGUUCAUUACUUCCUUUGCUUGCAUAAGAAGAAGCAGGAGAAGUGUGGUCUGGUGUCUGUGGUGGCUGAUCUGAGGGAAGCUUCAGCAGCCUCCACCAGGUUAAUCGCAGAGACGUUGCUUCUACUUGAGCUCAACCAGAGAACAGUUCACACGGUUUACAUUAUUCAGCCCAGAAAGAAGGAAACGGUGAAGCUGCUGCUGAAGCUGCUGGCGCCCUCAGCCAGGUCCCACACAACCUCCCUAAAGAAAGUCCUACUGAAGGAAGUCUCUCAGCUCAGCAACUACAUUGACCGCAGUCAGCUGACUGCAGCACUGGGAGGCUACCUUGUUUAUUGUCACCACAGUUGGGUUGCCUUCAUUAAGGAGAUUUAUGGAUUCAACCAGGAGUUCCUGUCUGUUGUCCACAAGCUGCCGAGAUAUGUCACCACCCUGCAGGCUCUGUCCAGGCUGCCCCUGCCGUCCACCUUCAGUGACCUGCAGAACUUCUGCUUCUCCAACGAGGCCCGGUUUGAGCAGCUCAGGAAGGAGCUGGGCCUGGAUGAUCUCCUGAAGCACUGUGAAAAUAUGGUGGAGAAGCUGCGACAUCCAGAAAAGGGGCCGUGUUACCAGGCCAUGGCUGGGACUGCACUCUUCUCUCAAACUUCAUACGACAUGCUCCAGAACCACAACAGGAUUGUCUCAGCUGUGGGGAAGGUGGAGCAGCUGUGGCAGCAGGCUUUUACUAGAGCCCGUCUUCAGCUCAAUGUCUUCCAGCUGCGAGAAGAUGCACUGCAGAUCACUGAACAGAUUGAAGUUUUUCUUCAAAAGAAGCUGCAGCCAUACAAGAUGGAAAUUGCAAAGGACGCUGAGACAGCCUCCAAGUUGGUUUCAGAAUUUGAGCUGUCGCUUCACGCUCCGGCACUGGCUCUCGUGCGCCGUGCUGAAGAUGUGGUUCACACCUUGGCUGAGAUUCUGCUUGAUAUUUACACUCAAGAGGUCUGGGUUCUGGACCUAGAGAGGCUGAAGGAGAAACUGCACUCAACUGUCCACGUCAUUCUCCAAACACUAAAAACUGUUGCUAAAUACCAUCUUUUCUAUGGCAAGGCCAGUCGCUGGCACACUCUAGUCCUCUGUGAGAACUUUCUCCAGGAUCUUUUGAGUAGUGUUGACAGCGACCGCAUGUCCACGCUGCGGCAGGACCGAGGCUGUGGGACUUUGCCUGCGUGGAGGCGGAGACUCUCUAGUUUCCUGAAGAAGCAUCCUCCUCCAGAUCUGGAGGAACUGGUUCACCUGGCACACCUGUCUAACGCCAUCCCAGAUGAUGAGGUUCAAUACUCUGGCCAACAGAUGUCUCAGCGCUGUAUCACACUGAGGAAGCUGCUUCUCUCGCCGGGACCUGUGACAGUGGGUCACAUGCAGCUGGCCUUGAAGUGGCAGUAUGAGCUCUUGCGAAGCCAGUCCUCGCCAAAGAGAGCAGACUCAUCGUUCUCGGAUUUGGGAAGUCAAAGUGUGUCAUCUAAGGAGGCAGACAUCUUGGACACAUCCACAAUAGAACGUGGCACGACGUUUGCUCAAGGCAAAAAUCCAUUUAACUCCGCCUUCCAUGGAGCAAGAGUCCGUCAUUUGGAACCCCAAGAAGUUACGGAUGGUCCUUAUGCUGAGGUUAGGAGGCCGACGAAAAUGCAGCUCCACACAGAUGGUCAGCCUGAGACGUCAUUGCCUGUUGAAAACUCCUCCAAAGCGAGCAUCCAGAUCAUUCCCAAAGUGACAAACGAUUCCCUCAACUUUGAGAUUAAAGUGAAGCGUGCAGCUGCCCGUCCCAGUAAUCCGUGGCUCAGCCUUCCUGUGGAAGAUCUGGAAAACUCCUACACUGUCACGAUUACUCAGAACCAGGCAUCUCAAAAUACAGACCUUCAGUUGGACAGUCCCUCGCAACUGGCACCUGCCAAAGGUCAAACUCUUAAGAGAGAAAUGACCAGCAGCACACACGGCAGAGUGCCUGCAAGCCGAGACCAGAUCCUUCGUUCACAUAGCACUUUAGAGGAUUCCUCGCUGAGUCCCAUUCACAGAGUCCUCUCCAGCACCAUCACUGAGGGACCAGACCAGUCGAGCUGCACCACAGAGGGUCUUCCUACUCUUCUGUGGGAUUCUUAUGAUCUUCACGAUCAGAAUACGGAUCCUUCUAAUAGUGUGAUCGACCUCUCUUUAGAAGACUGGGAUGUAAAGCAGCAGGAAGAAUUGAGAGAGGUGGAGAAGAUCCUGGACCACACGCAGGAAAUACUGGAGGAGGAAGAAAAUGUUUUGGCUCAGGAGGUUCUGCUGGAAGCUCUGGUGAGGUCUGAGGAGAACCACUGGCCUGCGUGGGAUUCUGAGGAGAGGCUUGGUGAUAUGUCAUCAAGUGACUUGGCCGACGCUGGUGUUCUGGGCUUUGAGGACGUUUAUGAAGCGUCGAGCCAGAUGUCUGAAGAGGCUCCCACGUUUGAGAGGAAGUCAGGUGGAGAGACGGCGAUUCCCAGCAGGCCGGACUUGCUGAUGGAGCUUAAGAAGGUUCAUGACUUGGACGAGCAAAUAAUGGAGGAGAACUUCAAACUCAACAAGCUCAGAGAAAGUGAAGCAAUCCCGAAACCUGAAAGUUCCAGACGAUCGUCGGUCAGGAGGAAGGAGAGGGAGGCCUUUCGAGAGCAGCUUGAGAAGGAGAAACGUGAGGUGGAAAAGUUGGAGAACAGUUUGGCUUCUGAGCAUAAAGCUAAAAGCAAAGCUAGUAAAGUGGUCAAGUGCUCUAUCAUGGAGAAGGCUCGGACUGAAAGUCUGGAGGACCAGGCGCUCUGUGACUUGCUUUUAUCAGCAAGCAAACGUUCCUCCACUGAAAACGUGCUGCAGAGUCGGCCUGAAGCGCCCAACGUGUCUCAGGAUCCGAGUGCAGAUUCCAAUGCAUCAGACACGGUGCAGAUGGUUUCCAGUUCAAAUGGUUUCGACUCUGAUUCUGAAGAACUUGACGGAAAGGAAGCUGAUCAGAAACCAGAUUUAGCUGAGUGUCCUGACACCAGGUGUAAAAGUGGGGUGAUAAUUAUAAGAACCUCGAGUGCAACUAAUGAUGAGCCAGAGGUAAAUGCUAUCCACCCGCCUGUCCCACUGCCAAGAAGGUCGUCUCUUCAAGUGCUGGAUCACCAGGGCAGCCAGAUGAGUGAUGUGCAGCAAGAGCUGGUGAAAGAUGAACAGCCCUCAGCUGCUGAAGAUGCCUUGAACACAUUGUGUUCUGGUGACAGGGAUAUUGGCUCCCCAGACUCUCUGCCUGGACCUGUGUCCGGAGGUGAAGGUGAUCACAGCCUGGUUCAGAGUGCAACAAUGGCUGAAGGUCAAGAUGGCAACCAGGCCGAAGUCCAUAGUUUGAAUCUCAAUGAAGAGUGUAACAACUGCAACAAUAACAAUAACUCAACAGCAUGGCACAUGAACAGUGUGAAAGUGGAACUAGCAGACCUCAAUGAUGGAUAUCUUAAAAGUGGCGGUCCAUCCGAGGUUUUGGUGAAACCAGAGGAGUUGCUGCAUGAUCCAGAUGGAAGAAGCAAGCGGAACGGAGACCUAGCUGGUGGCGACGAGGCGCCUGAGCUCAUGAAGAUAUCUGCUGUGACGCAGGUGCAGCUGGAUGUGCGCAUGGCAACGGUGUCUGAGUUUUGCACUCCUGUAGUCCUUGACUCAGGAUCUGGUUUGAUAAAGGCCGGACUUGCCGAUCAGGAUCUGCCUAGUGUCGUAUUCCCUACUAUUAUCGGGCAGCCGAAAUAUGAGGAGGUGAUGAACGGGAGCUUUGAGAGGGACACGUAUAUUGGUCAUGAGGCUCAGCAGAUGAGGGGAGUCCUGGCUCUGAGGCACCCGGUGAAGAAUGGGAUUGUUUGCAACUGGGAUGAAAUGGAGAAGAUUUGGCACCAUGCUUUCCAGCAGCUGCGCGUAGAUCCCGAAGCUCACCCUGUCCUGCUCACGGAGGCUGCCAUGAACCCUGUGAACAACAGGCAGCGCUCUGUGGAAAUCAUGUUCGAGUCCAUCAACGUUCCUUACUGCUAUGUGGCCAUGCAGCCGGUGUUGGCGCUUUACUCCGCGGGCCGAUGCACCGGGGUUGUGUUUGAGUCCGGAGAUGGUGUGAGCCACAGUGUACCGGUGUUCGACGGAUAUUCUCUCGCUCAUGCGGUACAGCGCUUCCCGCUGGCAGGGAGUGAUGUCACCAUGCAUCUUAAAAAGCUCCUCCAGGAGCAGGGGGUGUCUCUGCGCACCAGCGCCGAGCUGGAGAUCGUGCGCGAGAUGAAGGAAAAGUGCUGCUGUGUGGCUCAGGACUAUGAGAAGGAGAUGACUCAAGGCGCGCCGUCGAUGAGUGAGAUGUGUUUCACCAUGCCAGACGGCCAGGUCGUGACACUUGGCACAGAGAGAUUCAGGGCUCCUGAGAUUCUCUUCAAGCCUGAGCAGAUUGGCCGAGACCAUCUUGGGAUGCACGAGUCAGUCUUCAAGUCUGUCAUCAAUUCUGACAUUGACUUGCGUCGCUCUCUCCUGGGAAACAUUGUGCUGUCAGGCGGGAACACGCUACUGCCUGGCCUGCCGGAGAGACUCCAGUCUGAACUCAGAGCUCUGGUCCCGGGUGACAUGGUGGGGAGUGUGCGUGUCAGCAGCCCGACGGACAGAGACUUCUCCGUGUGGAGAGGAGGCGCCGUGCUGGCCUCCAUGCAGAGCUUCUGCUCCGCUUGGAUCAGCCUGGAGGAGUACGAGGAGUUCGGACCACAGAUAGUCCUCAGGAAAUGCUUUUGACAGUGAAGUGUGUCAUUGAUGGUCAGCGGGACUCUGACUGACCCACCAUGAUCCUCACUUGUGGGAGUGUGUUCCACUCUGCUCUCACUACUGCUGAAUGGACUUCAAUUAAAGCUGGACUUUGAUUUGAGUCCAGGCAAAAACGUGCUGAAUAGAAACAUCUAUAUAAGCUAAUAUCAACUUAUUAUAAAAGUAUGAUUUUUAAUUAACUUCUAUACAAAGUAUUUUAAAUAUUAUUGCAGUGACUGGUGGUGAUCAGUGAAGGUCUGCUGGACUUUCUCAAACCUCCUCUACAUAUGUCUCUGACACUGUAGAACUGAAGGAGCGGUCAAGGUUUUUCCUGAAAUGCAGCUUGGUGUGUGUUGCUCCUCUUCAUCACGUGUGUGUGGGUCGAUCUCAUGCCUAAUAACUGUCCUUCUGUUGUCCAGAUUUCUGUCAUGUGUUGACGUCACACUGGUCUGGCGAUGAACGCUGCUGCUGCUGCAGGUCAGCUGGUGUGUAGUUAUGUUUCCUUCAUGUUCUCCUCUUAACUGACUUGUUUCAUAUGUUAGUUUACAAGAACAUGAUUUGUUGAUUUCAGACCUGCACUGCGGUUUCUCACAUGGUCGACCAGUGAUGUCAAAACAUGACUUUACCUUGAUAUUUGUGAUGUUUUUUUUGCAUGCAAUUGUUCUGUAUUUGCAUUAUUUGUGUGGCCGCCUGUUUGACAUGUGCUACCUGGCCAGGGUUCGGUUCUUGGGUGGGGAUUGUCAAUGGCACCGUGAUCAGUACACCACCUCAGUGUAGGACCUCCUCACUGCCAGCACUCCUAUUUAUGUGAUGUCUUUUAUAAUAAAUAUUUUAAUAUCCAGUACCGAA